AUAUUAGAAUCAAUUCGUCAAAGGCUUCAUUAGUCUGUUUGUAACAUUUGUAGUGGUCUGUUGUUGUUGUUGACCUCCUACAUAUUUCAUAUUUAACUUGUGUGUUUUUAAUAGUCAAUUACCGCCAUGAGUUGUCCCAUGCGAAAUUCCGAUUUUUCGGCAAAAAGUGGUAGCGAUGCCAAUCGUAAUGGAAUGUUAUACGGCGAAUACUUAGUUCUGGAUAAAUUGUUAAGCGCACAACGGAUGCUGUCGACGGAACACGAUAGACCUGUCCAUGAUGAGCAUCUGUUCAUCAUCACACAUCAAGCUUAUGAGUUAUGGUUCAAACAGAUUAUUUACGAACUGGACUCAAUACGGCAACUAUUCGAUAGUGAAAUGAUUGAGGAAUCGAGGACACUGGACAUUUUGAAGCGACUUAAUCGGAUUGUGUUGAUUUUGAAGCUUUUGGUGGACCAAGUACCCAUUUUAGAAACCAUGACUCCGCUGGAUUUCAUGGACUUUCGAAAUUAUCUGUCAACAGCGUCCGGAUUCCAAAGUCUCCAAUUUCGGAUGAUAGAAAAUAAGUUGGGCAUCAAGCCGGAGCAUCGCAUAAAGUACAACAAAACAAUGACCGAGACGGUGGGUGCGGAUCCGAAAAUAUUAGAGCAGCUGGAAAUUUCGUUAAAAGAUCCUUCCCUAUCCGAUUUGGUUCAGAAUUGGCUGGAACGAACACCGGGAUUGGAAGCGGAUGGCUUCAAUUUUUGGGAAAAGUUUCGUAAAAGUGUUGAACAGGUGCUAGAUGACCAGGAAACUGAAGCUAAGGAAGAACCAGACGAGGACUUUCGAAACUAUCGGCUAAUGGAUAUAUUGAAGCGACGAGAGGUUUACCUAUCGAUUUUCGAUCAAAAUGUCCACGAUGCGUUGGUGUCUCGCGGUGAACGUCGAUUUACCUAUAAAGCGCUACAAGGGGCAAUUAUGAUAACAUUGUACCGAGACGAGCCACGUUUUAGUCAGCCACAUCAAAUUCUUACUUUGCUGAUGGACAUCGACUCGUUCAUCACCAAAUGGAGAUACAAUCACGUGAUAAUGGUUCAGAGAAUGAUCGGCUCUCAGCAACUUGGUACCGGUGGAUCGUCAGGUUAUCAAUAUCUAAAGUCAACGCUUAGUGAUCGCUACAAAGUCUUCUUGGACUUAUUCAAUUUGUCAACAUUUUUGAUACCGAGAGAAAGCAUUCCACCUCUUACAAAGCAUAUGCAAAAUAAGCUCAACAUUGGUGAUCAGAAUUCUACCAAUGGAAGUGCGUAAUUGUCGUAAAAUUCAUAUGAAGUACAUUCGGCUUGAGAACUUAAUUUUCCUUACACAGACUGUUUUGCUGGUAGAGUAAAUUUAUGCAACCAACUUGUUAAAAGUCGAAAAAUAAAAGAAAAUUUCUUCAUUUUGUC